UUCAAAGUGUUAUAAAUAGAGAAAUAAACGUCGACAGAUAUUUUGCCUCCCAACACGGCGAUAAUCCCAACACCUUUCUCAAAUAGGCCUACAUGCUUGCUUAAAUAUGCCUCAUAGAAGAAAAUAUCUGCGUGGAACAUAAGAAAAAACCUUUUUUUCAUUAAAAAUGUGUUUGGUAUAUUUUUUCGUCUACACAGGGUCGCGGUGACAUCUGUGUUCAACAGUUCCUGAUCAACAUAGCCUCGACAUGCACCGGGGAGCGGCUGAUCUGCCACGGCGACGGCUCAUUGUAACCCGAAGGUGCGUCCUCCUCUCGGCCAUUGCCUUCGUCACCGUGGGCGUCGGCAUCGGCGUCAGUUUACACAAUAAAUACUACGCCGAGCUGAUAAAUAGCGCCAAGCUAAUCUACCUUCCUGAGAUGGAGGUAAAAGAUACACUGUGGACUAUGGAGGACAUCUGGAAAUAUAUAGAAGAAGAGUUUCUCCACAGGUGGGCCACUCAUACCAGGCUGGGGCAGUCCCAUACGGUUGGUAUACCGAGGAUCAGGUUGAUAUUCACUAAAGAGGGUUCUUGUGCGUAUCAUGUUAAAGGAAGGAGUUGUUACAGCAAGAUUGAUUUUAACAAGGAUACAUUUGCACAGGUGAGGCGGAAGAAAGUGUGGCUCAGACCCAACAUUUUGAACCCAAACUGUUUCGCAAACGUUUCAGCCGAAGCCAUGGAGCCUCGGUAUGUCGACGAUGCGGAGGUUGAUGACUUUUAUUCCGUUUCCUGCUUCAGGUGUGUAUAUCCUCCCAAUGGUCAUGUUGUGGAUAUCCCAAAGGCGGUUUUGGCUGGGGAAACUUUAGGUAACUUCGAAACCAUGUGUGUUCAGCGCAUUGUACGGAAACUAGCAGACUUUUUCUUGGACGAAUCAACUCGAUUCAUUCAGUUUGAGUUCCUGGUCCACGACGACCCGAGCGAUUUAUAUAUUCUAAUAACACUUGCGUUUGAAAGACUCGAGGAUAAAAAUUGGUGGCCCACUUUGAGGUUUGAAGCCAUUUAUAUCCGGGGUCUGUUGUCACGCGGAAAUUACCAUGGCUUUGAGGACGAUGUGCAAAUGUGGAUUAUCCCAGCACUGGUUUCCGUGCUAUCUGCUGCAAUUGCAAUCGGGGUGCUGCAACUCGUCCGAAUGACCCAUCUUUCCUUCUCACAUGGCCUAAAACUCUUUCUGUGUUUACUUUCAUUUAUCAUGGGCGUUGUUGAGAUACAUUGGGGGCUACAGGCUAUUUACGCUUUCGAAGAAGUGUUAGACACUGCCUUGAAGAAUGCUUCAAGUCCAGCGCAGCAGAACCUGCUUUCUCUACAGAACCGUACCACUUUCAUGAGAUCUCGUCAGGCUCACUUUCCGACAGCCAGUUUUGUCAAAUACAACCGAUUACUCAGCCUAACUAAUUCUUUAUUGCCUCUAGUGUUCCUUCUUCAGUUCCUUUUGUAUGAAGAUUACUUACUGGGGCCAGUCACCAAAAUCAUUAAAAGCGUGAGAUUGUUAACGGAACGUUCAGCCGGGCUCAUUUUUUACUUUUUCUUCGUGAUCGCCGUGUUGGGCCUCAUGGCCCACAUAACCCUCGGCGAAUGCUCCAGAAAUUUCAGGGACUGGCCUUCCUCAUUCUUUGGAAUCAUAGACUUUUUUACAAAUAGAAUAAACUUGACUGAGGUUUUUGACUGUAAGCCAACGUGGGCACCAAUUUUUUUUCUAAUUGUUAUUUCAAUGAAGUUCUUUUUUCUGGCUAAUUUUCUCCGGAUGUGUAUCGGCCUGGGUGCUGAAGUCGACAGGAAGGAGAAGCAUGAGAAAGAAGAAAAGAACAUGUUCGAGGAGCUAGAAAAAACACCUCUCAGUCAAGAAAAUCAAGAAUGUUUGAUAAUGCUCAGCGAAUACUUAAGAAAGGCGAAAAUGUAACUAUCCUGCCGCACGAUCUUUCUUUGCAAUGUCAUACUCAUAAUUCACAUUUUUGUUUUCAAUCGGAAUGUUAUUGAAACCUUUUACUUUUUGGGAGGAAUUCGCAAUAGCUGUGAAGAGAAUGAGGCACUGUAAAAUCUCGUUCAUUUGUAAUGCAGUAGGAAGGGUAUUUCUCAGCUCUUUGUCACGAAAGGAAAAAUACAUGAUUAUUAUUAUUAUUAUUUUUGUAUCGGUUUCGCUUUGUUAAUAUUUGGAGAUACUAAAUUUCUGUCGGAGUUUCUACUGUUUUAAUUCACUCCAUUUUGUAUACUUGAAUGUCCGAUGAGUUGUUAUUGGAAUAUACUCAGAUUUUUGUCUACGGUUUCCCUAAUACAAUCGAUUUCCAUAAAAUAAUUGAUGUCACAGAUUGUUCCGUUCCAUUUUAGUUGAUAGAUAAACAGAUGAAAAGAGAGAUAGAUAGACACUUUGAAAGGUGAAAAGGUAAUUUGAAAGACUGAUAUAUAGGCAGCUGAACAUAGCGAUAGACACAAUGGAAGAUAAACAGGUAAUUGGAAAUACUGAUAGAUAGAUGAAACGAGAGAUAGAUAGACACGAUGAAAGGUGAAAAGUUAUUUGAAAGACUGAUAGACAGGCAGAUGAACAGAGAGACAGACACAGUGAAAGGUGAAAAGGUAAUUUGAAA